AGAGCUACAACAUUUGUUGGUCAAAAAUUUGGGACAAAUAUCUCUGUUUUGUCGUGAUGAGUGGUUUGUUAUUUUGAUGCAAUAUGAACAAGGAUGUUUGUCUACCUAUUGGACUAUCGAUCACAACACCAAAUAUGGUUGCCCUGUUUUCUCUGCAAACGAGUCCAGGUGUGCAGCUUGUUUCUCACAUGAAUUACAUUUUUGGCAUUGUUGAAGUCCAGAUAAGACUUUGAAACUUUAGUGCAAGUCUGAGAAGCGAUUCUCCACUACUAAGGAAGGCCGUGGUGUGGGUCUUGCCUCGAGUUUUGAACAUAACUUUGAAGCAAGGAUGGAUGUUAAUGAGGAGCAAAUAUCUUGCUGAACCGAGGGGUGCGUCUUCAUUCCAGCAAUGGAUUGUUAAUCAGGAUGGUAUAAAAAUUUUGGGAAAUCCUCGUUUCGAACUCGUUUCAACGUAAAUAAAGAUUUUGUUUCACCCUCCUGAUUACGUGGAAAACUUGUUUAGAAACAGAAACAUAGUUGGCUACUUUCCAAUAGAUGGGCCCACUUCCUCAAGGCCCAGCCGGCCGAAUGGUGAAAAAUAGAAGCCACAGAAAAGAGGGAGAGUGCAAAAUCUGUGGAGACUUUUGUUUCUUCUUCUUUUUAGUUGUUGGUCUUGUUUAUCCAAGAGCAAAAUCUCUAGCACCUUCUCCACUUGUCACGGAGAGAAAUCUUUAUCUUUCUCGCUAUUCCAAUGAGUUUCCUCCAAAAGAUUUGGGACGAAACCCUUGCUGGUCCGGCGCCCGAUUCCGGCCUCGGACGCCUCCGCAAGUACAAUUCCUUCUCUGCCUCCAGAUCUCCGCCGAUGUUAUCCGGCGACGUGAUCUCGAUUCCUCGGAGUAUUGACAUUCCUAGCCCUACGCUCUCUCAUAGUCUGAGUCAGAGUCGGAGUCAGAGUCGGAGCUUUCCUGAUCCUGCAUCGCCGAUCAGCUCACCAUCGCCGUCGACUCCACCUGAGACGCCGCGUGGUGACGAUGUCAAGAGACUUACGAAGAGAAGAUCGGUUGAUUUUCCUCGCCGCCGGCCGCUGGAAGGAGCUGAACCAACAACUCCUUCUGUUUAUGAUUGGAUUGUAAUAACAGCCUUAGAUCGUUGACGGAUGAGAAGACUAACAGAAGAAAAGAUGAAGACGCUCUAAUUUCGUGCGGAUGAAAUAAAAUCACUCUUUUCGUACAAGGAAAUUGUCUUAUAUAUGUGCGUAUAUUUCUUUGUUAUUUUUUCUCACUUUUUGUGAAUUUUAGAUAGAACAAAUUUCCUUGUAUAUGUACAAAGUAUAAUUACUAUAGUCAGAGGGGACGUACCCAAAAAAAAAUUAAAAAAAAGGCUUUCUGUAAAUACUUUGGGCUAUUUUGGUUUCCUAUAUAAUUAGGUAUUUUUGUUUUGAA